UUAUAAGACGGCAAUUACCCACCCAAGUUGUGACGCUCUCAGCUUUUCCUCUCCAGAACAAGCAGCCUUUGUGUAUACACUAAGAAAACCCUAGCUAUAGUACCCUCUUCUUGAUCACACCUCAAAUAUAUAUAUAUAUAUAUAUAUAUAUAUUAGAUCCUAUAUAUAUACCCACACCCACCUCUCAAACCAAACCCUCUCAAUCUACGCUUCUUCAUCAUAAAGUGUAUGUGUGAAUACCAUUUAUCAUGAGCAACAUUCCAAGAUCUCUUACAGACUCAUCUCUGUCCAUCUUCAAACUCGCCACCUCUUCAUCUGACCCUUGGCCUUUCUCUUUUGUUUUCUUGUAGCCCUCAAAUUCACAGAAAUUAGAUCUAGGAUCUUUAUUUAUUUAUUUUUCGUUAAUUUUGAGAUGGGUACUGGAGAUCAUCACAAAAAUCUCCUGAAUUUUCUUCAUCAUCACCAUCACCAUCACCAUCACGGGAAGAACUCGAAGGAGAUGAGAGAUAUCCCAAAAGGGUGUGUGGCCAUCAUGGUGGGUCAAGGUGAGGAGCAAGAGAGGUUCAUCAUCCCUGUCAUCUACAUCAAUCACCCACUCUUCAUGCAGUUGUUGAAAGAAGCAGAGGAAGAGUAUGGAUUUGAUCAGAAAGGUCCGAUCAACAUUCCGUGCCACGUGGAGGAGUUUCGCUACGUUCAGGGUAUGAUUGAUAAGGAAAAGUCUCAUCACCACCACCACCACCACCAUGUUUUGUGCUUCAGGGUUUGAAAGAAUAUUGAUCAUAUUGUUUAAUCUUGUUCUUGUAAAUUUCUAGUGCGUGUCUGUGUGUGUGUUUAGUUUAUUUUAUUUUAUUUUAUUUUAUUUUGUUUUGCUUUUUGUUUGUUGAGUAUACCCAAAUUGACGUACGAGAUGAAGAUGGAAAGUUCAAUGACAGUAAUAUAAAUGAUUUUUGGUGUAUUUGUUAGGAAACAAAAGAUAAGAAAUGUAUAUUUAUUAAUUGUAUUGUUUUGUUUUGUUAUA